UUUCAGGUGAAAUGUGAUCAUUACUGGCCUUUUACAGAAGACCCCAUUGCAUAUGGGGACAUCACAGUAGAGAUGCUGUCGGAGGACGAGCACACAGACUGGGUUUAUAGGAAUUUCAGAAUUAGCUAUGCUGAUGAGGUGCAAGAUGUGAUGCAUUUUAACUACACUGCCUGGCCAGAUCAUGGUGUCCCCACAACCAAUGCUGCCGAAAGCAUCCUCCAGUUUGUACAGAUGGUCAGGCAGAAAUCAGCAAAGAGUAAAGGCCCCAUGAUUAUUCACUGCAGUGCUGGCGUGGGCCGAACAGGAACCUUCAUAGCCCUGGAUCGGCUCUUACAGCACAUUCGUGAUCAUGAGUUCGUAGAUAUAUUGGGCCUGGUGUCUGACAUGCGGUCGUACAGAAUGUCCAUGGUGCAGACAGAGGAACAAUACAUUUUUAUUCACCAGUGUGUGCAACUGAUGUGGCAAAAGAAGAAGCAGCAGUUCUGUAUCAGUGAUGUUAUAUAUGAGAACGUCAGCAAGUCCUAG